UGAAGCAGUCAGUGAGGCGAACUGUGAGUGUUUUCAAUGUUGUGAAAACACAAAUUCAUAAAAUAAGUUUUACAAAUAGGCUUAUACGUUAUAUUUUGCGCAUAAUUACUGGUUUUAAAUUAUGCAACUAAGCAACAAAGAGAAACGAAGACAUACUGUACUACAACAGUGGCUAUCAAAGAUUAUCAGCAUGACCGAGGUAAAAACGGAGUAUGUGGUAAGGAACCUGCAAACAGAGAAAGAGAGAGGCCCUCACAUCUUGGCAAGGCUUGCUCGCCUCAACAUCUUGUGUCUCUAUGAAACAGUGCAGUAUGGACCACCCACUGUAGUAUGCGGUGACGGAGUUUGUGACCAGUGGCGGCUCGUUUGCCUAGACACUAGAAGAAUGGUCGCUUGGACGAUGAAGUCAAUUCCUCUGCAACCCCGGGCCAUCCACCGUAUGGACCACCCACUGUAG